CGCUCGUGAUACGAUGUCCGACUUUGGCGGCCGUUGAAUAUUCGGCUGGUGACUCUCCAGUUGCUCUCCCUGUAGCUCUUAGCUUCGACGCGACACUCUCAGCUCGGCGUCCGGAGUGCGCUGAGCUCUCCACCAGUCGCUUGUUCUUGCUGGAAUUCGGACUGGGUCUUCGUGGAUUCACUGCAAGGAUGGAUUUUUCGUGGACGCCUUUCUUGAAUUUUUUUUCGAUAGAAGGAACAACUUCAAGUGGUUUGAAAAUGUAUCUCGUGGAGAACAAAGUAGGAGCCAUAGCAUGCAUGCUGCUUUCGCUCUUCUUCUUGGGAACAUGGCCUGCCAUCUUCACUUUUCUGGAGAGGCGAGGCCGCCUUCCGCAGCAUACUUAUCUGGAUUACAGCAUCACCAAUCUCCUGGCAGCUGUAUUUAUUGCCUUCACUCUUGGGGAGAUAGGCAAGGGCACCACAGAUUCACCCAAUUUUCUGGAUCAGCUUUCUCAGGAUAAUUGGCCAUCCGUUCUGUUUGCUCUGGCAGGUGGAGUGCUCCUCAGUCUAGGAAAUCUUGCCACACAAUAUGCAUUGGCUUUGGUUGGUUUAUCAGUGACAUUAGUCAUCACUUGCAGCACGACUGUUGUUAUAGGCACAACUAUAAACUACUUCUUGGAUAACAAGAUCAACAAUGCGGAGAUUCUUUUCCCAGGAGUGGGUUGCUUUUUCAUUGCAGUUUGUCUGGCCUCAGCUGUCCAUGCAUCAAAUGCAGACGAUACCAAAAUGAAGCUUGACCAGUCAGGUCUUGGCAAUAUUGAUGCCAAGACUUCAAGCUUUUCUGCCUUGAAAGGAGUACAUCAAAAUGAUGAAGAUAUGGAAAAUGCAAGUGGUUUAUCUGAGAAGGUGGAAGUAGGGACAGCAGAUUCUCUGAUCGAGCUUGAGUACCGAAGAGCAAUUAAGGUUCUUGGGAGGAACACUUUGUCUGGUCUUGGAAUAGCUUUCUUCGGUGGUGUCUGCUUUGCUCUUUUCUCACCUGCAUUUAAUUUGGCAACAAAUGAUCAGUGGCAUACUUUGAAGGAGGGUGUUCCUCACUUGACAGUUUACACUGCAUUUUUCUACUUCUCGAUAUCAUGCUUCAUCGUUGCUGCUGUUCUGAAUGUCAGCUUCCUCUACCAUCCUAUCCUUAAUUUACCCAGAUCAUCAUUCAAAGCUUAUUCAAGUGACUGGAAUGGAAGAGGUUGGGCUCUUUUAGCUGGCCUUUUGUGCGGAUUUGGUAAUGGCCUCCAAUUUAUGGGAGGUGAGGCUGCCGGAUAUGCUGCCGCAGAUGCUGUUCAGGCACUCCCGCUUGUUAGCACUUUCUGGGGCAUACUUCUGUUUGGAGAGUACCGCAGAUCAUCGAGGAGAACCUAUGUGCUGCUUGUUAGCAUGCUAUUCAUGUUUGUUGUGGCCGUUGUGCUUCUCAUUGCGUCAGCAGGACAACGAAGCGUGAGCGCCACUGCCUAGUUCUUUGCAAGAUCCGGCACCUACAUAAACAACAGUCUCAUUUAGUAAGGCAUGGUGGCAAAUUCUGCGGUUAUCAACGGUCUCAUCCAGAGACCGGAUGAAAGAAUCAUCAUAUUCAACCCCAGAAAUGGAAGGAAGUUCAGACUUUCUGGGAUCUAGACAUCAAGGAAUUUCCUAGCUGUCCAUCGGCGAUGAAACUCCGACACCUGGGAAUUGAAUGCAUUUGGUUGAUUUCCUACCACCAUUGUUUUUCGUUGUGAAUACUUAUGGGUUUGGGUUUGUAUGUAAUUAUUUAGGUUCACCGGAUUUUUCUAGGAUAAGAAUGGCAUCAAAAGAAUCUGAAUGAUCACAUUUGGAAGCUUGGCAAUGGCAUGAUUGGACUUAAAGAUCAGGCCUAAUGUGUUAUCCAUGCUUCCCUGCAGCCUAUAUGUGUAUUGAAAUGUUCAAGCCGGCCUGGCCUCUCUUGAUGUUGAGGCGUUACCACAA